CGCACAGUCCGGGCCAUGCGGGCGGGCGCGCGGCGGCGCGCGGCGCUGGUGCUGCUGGCGGCGCUCGCGGCCUGGGGAGCGCGGGCGCAGCGCCCCGGGGACCCCGCGGAAAACGGGACGCGUUGCGUUCUCUCGUCUUCAUCGGAGUUUCCUGAAGGAUUUUUCACACCGCAGGAGAGGAAGGAUGGAGGAAUCGUUAUCUACUUCAUAAUUAUACUGUACAUGUUUUUGGCCGUGUCCAUUGUGUGCGAUGAUUACUUCCUACCUUCCCUAGAGAUCAUCAGUGAAUGCCUUGGCCUCUCACAGGAUGUAGCUGGAGCAACUUUUAUGGCUGCUGGAAGCUCUGCUCCAGAGCUUGUCACUGCUUUUCUAGGAGCUUUUGUGACAAAGGGAGAUAUCGGCAUCAGCACCAUCCUUGGAUCAGCAAUAUAUAAUCUUCUUGGUAUUUCUGCAGCUUGUGGGCUGUUCUCCAGUGUGGUUUCGAGGCUAUCCUGUUGGCCGCUGUUCAGAGACUGUCUGGCAUACACCAUCAGUGCAGCAGCGGUCCUUGCGAUGAUAUCUGACAACAGAAUUUACUGGUAUGAAAGUGCAUCCCUAUUAUUGAUAUAUGGGUGUUAUAUUCUAGUACUGUGUUUUGACAUUAAAAUCAACCAAUACCUCAUGAAGAAAUUCAGUCCCUGCUGUACGUGUUUUACAAAAGCUAUGGAAGAGAACGCGGAGCAGCAGCCACUGGUUGGAUGGAGGGACGAGAGUGGACCUCUAAUUCGUCAACAGUCAAGAACAGACAGCGGAAUUUUUCAAGAUGAGCUGGACUACUCUCAACUUUCAACAAGCUUACAUGGGCUCGAUGAAAUCUCUGAAGAUCAUCCAAAUGUCUUCACCAUGCCUGAAGCAGAUAUUAAGAGAAUUUUGUGGGUGUUAUCCCUUCCUAUCAUCACACUAUUCUAUUUAACUAUACCAGAUUGCAGAAGACAGUUUUGGAGGAACUGGUUCAUGGUGACAUUUUUAAUUUCAGCAGCAUGGAUUUCUGCAAUAACUUAUGUUCUUGUAUGGAUGGUAACAAUAGCAGGGGAAACACUGGGAAUCCCAGAGUCAGUCAUGGGUCUCACAUUACUUGCAGCAGGAACAAGUGUACCAGACACAGUUGCAAGUGUGCUGGUGGCUCGAAAAGGAAAUGGAGAUAUGGCUAUGUCUAACGUUGUAGGAUCCAAUGUAUUUGAUAUGCUCUGUUUGGGAAUACCCUGGUUUAUAAAAACUGCCUUCAUAAAUACAUCAGGACCCAUAGAAGUGAACAGCAGUGGUCUGACAUACACAGCCAUUUCUCUUAUCUGUUCUGUUGGUUUUGUUUUUCUGGCAGUUCACCUGAAUGGCUGGAAAAUCGAUAAAAAAUUGGGAACAAUUUGUUUUGUCCUGUACUUAGUAUUUACUGUAUUAUCAAUUUUAUAUGAACUUGGCAUCAUAGGAAACAAUCCUACAAGGGUCUGUGGUAACUAGUUUUAAUCAGUGAUUAUGCUGAUGAAAAAAAUAAAAGCAGGAGAAAAA